AUGUUUUCUUCACUCACUCCUACUGGAUCGGCCCCAAAUUCAGCUGGCAUUUUGGCAGCCGUUGCCCAAUGUGCUCCAUCAACAAGCGGUGGGCUGCUCGGUCCUCCAACACAGAAUGUAUCUCUAAGCCCUAUAAAUUCUCCCCGAAAUAAAGAACAACAACAUCAAGGUGCUUUAGAGAAACGGUCACCGGGUGAAUCGGAUGUCAUCGCUCCAACUGCUUCGCAAGGUCAUUUACUUUCGACAUUGCACUCAGCUGCUUCUGCACCUUCAGGUGCCGUUGAUCCAGCAAGUUGGGAUCCUCGUGACAUUAAGCCUACCGUUAGCAAACAUGUGAGCUAUUUUAAAUAAAA